UCUAAACCCUGCUUCCUCAAGGGCGGGAUCCAAUCAAUCAUCACACAACAUAACCAUCCGAGGCAUUUCUCUCAAAGGCAAUCACCAAGAGGCUAGCAAGGAGCUGUAUGGCUGGAUUUGUGGUUUUGAAUACGACUUAUACAAACUGAAAGCGCACGAUUUGAUGAUGACACAAUAAUAACGAACACAAGGAAGGACAACAUGUCAUCCUCAAAUUCGAACUUGUCCUAUACUCCAUAUCAGAGCCAUCGCAGAGCAGCAUCGGCUGUCUCUGUUGGUGGCUCGAGAGAUAUCCCACAAGCUACUUCUGCAAAUCAAUCACAUGCAUCAGCGGAUACCACAUACUCAAACCAGCAACCGAUAGCACAGCGUUCGCAAGUAUCAAAUACUGUAAGGCCAGUCGUAUCGCCAGCCAAUUCUACCUCUCAGUACCAUCAAUCGACUAAUGCCUCGACUAACGCAGGCUCAGCUCCACCUCCCCUACGAAGCCUUUCAUCGCUAAAGGCAAAGCCAAGUAAUGGUAAAGCCAAAGCACCCGAUUCAGCUUCUCCUGGCACUCACGACAGCAAAGGCAAAUCUAACGCAGACCAAGAAGCAAGUUCAUCAAAAGCUGUACCAGUGCAAUCUCCUCCUCGGAGAACGGUUUCAUCGUCGCUGGCUGUUCCUUCCACCUCGUCUUCCGGUACAACAAAGCCACUGAAUGCUGCUGCUCAAUCGGAUAGCAAUCGCAUGAACGGACAUUCCAAACGAAAUUCAAUGACAGCUUCAACUCUUCCAUCACAUAACAGAUCUAUCUCUAAUGGAUCGGUACCGGUCAAUCUGCCUCAUCAUAUGUCCACAGCGCAAAGGCUAAGAACUGUUUCGCCUUUGGAUUAUUCAACACCAUCCACUUCUUCACCAACGCAAACGCCAAAUGCACCUCUUUCACCGGUUUUUGGUGCAACGACUGGAGGGCCACAAAAUCAAUUCGAUCCUAAUGGUAGCUUUUACGACGAUGGUGUAGGAAGAAGAACUGCUUACAGAGCCGGCUUUCAACCAAAGGGUAGCUAUCGGAUACGAACGGAUGAAUUUGUAGCUGCAAGAACUAGGCGGAAACAAGGAGGCAGAGGAGAAUCAAGUCGAAGUGCGAAUAAUGGCGCACAAGAUGUAGAAGGAGGAAAGAGUCGAUCAGAAUUGGAAUCACAACGAUUAGAGAGAAGAUUGGAGAAAUUGUUUGCUUUGCAUUAUGACGAUACCCCGCUCUUUAGCGAAGAAGAGGCAUUCAGUUUAGCACCUGGAUGGUUACCCGGAACGAUACGAAAGGCACGUCUGCAGGCUGAAAUGGAAAGAAGACUACGUGAUGAAGAGAUGCGAAUUGUGAAUUGGGAAGACGAUAAAAGUAGAAAAGCAUGUUCGAUUUGUACGACACCUUUUUCGUUCACCGUUCGAAAACAUCAUUGUCGACUUUGUGGUCGUGUGGUUUGCGCUUCUCCGCAUUUAUCAUUGCCUCCUGGUAUAUCAGGACCGCCGCCAACCAAUACAGAAGAAGGGAAAUUGCCGGCUGAUGAUCAAGUGAAGUGUAGUAGUCUGGUAGUGGCUGAUGAUCAAACCGGAACAAAAAUCAAAGAUGUACCGCGAUGGGAUGAAGCUUCAAGUAAGCAUCUGGAUGCCUACGGACGAACGAGAGGAAUACGGAUAUGUAGAGAAUGCAAAGAUACGAUCCUACAUCGACAAUACAUGCUGGACGAUGGUAGUCUGCCGACUUAUGUGAAAUUAUACGAAGCAUUAAAAUCUCUUCAAAAGGAGAUUGAACAAUCUUUACCUGAAUUUCAAGAAAUGAUUUUGGGUUUGCAAAAACAUGACGCAGCAGCAGCAUUAGGUACUGCAGAUCAAGAAGAAAGCCAUGAUCCUCUUGUUCAGCCUGUUCAAAGUGAGACAUUAUCGAUAGCAGCCAUGAAAGCAAAGAAUCGAACGACGUUAGCGCUUCAGAGAGACGCUGCACAAGCACGAAAACAACUUUUGGCCAAUUUUGCAAAUUACGAUUUGAUUGCGAAAAAGAUACGUAAUUUAGAUGAUGAAGGGAAUGCAAGUUUGGCAAGGCUUAAAGUUGCCAUUUGGACACAAGCAAAUACAUUUUUACAAGCAAACAUGUUCCCUUUACAAAAUUUACCAAAGUUGCAAAGUUCAUCAGCUAAUGGAAAAAGCGUUAGGAACGGUUCAAAUCCAUCUUCUAUAAAGGGUCACAAGCAUAGCAGUUCAGAAGCAGGUUCUACGUCCACCACAAAAGAAGAUCCUUCUGCUGUUCGAGAACAAUUGACAGUUUUGCAACAACAGCUAACGUUGGUACGACAGUAUGCUGCCAGUGCCUCCAAAGCACGUAAAUUUCAAGAUGCAAGUAGUCUUAAUCAAAGUGCCCGUGAAUUAGAAGUAGAGAUUGAUCGACUACAGAAGCAGUUGUAGACAGACAGACGAUGUAAUGAUUGUUUUGAAAAGUUAAUUUUAUUAUUGAUUAGGGGCACCCAUGGCCUUUU